AUGGCUGAACAAAGGCAACGGGCUUUAUCCACAUCAGGAGAAGCAUUAUAUGAAAUUCUAGCUCUGGAGAAGGGGGCAACACAUGAAGAAAUUAAGAAAUCUUACAGAAAAUUGGCUCUGAAAUAUCAUCCUGACAAGAAUCCUGACAAUCCAGAGGCUGCUGAAAAAUUUAAAGAGAUCAACAAUGCUCAUGCGAUACUGACUGACCUGUCCAAGAGAAACAUAUACGAUAAGUAUGGAUCAUUAGGGCUAUAUGUGGCGGAACAAUUUGGAGAAGAAAAUGUUAAUGCAUACUUCAUGCUUUCAAGCUGGUGGGCAAAGGCCCUGUUUGCAGUUUGUGGCCUCUUGACAGGCUGCUACUUUUGCUGCUGCCUGUGCUGCUGUUUCAAUUGCUGUUGUGGACAGUGUAAACCCAAGCCACCAGGAGGGGAAGAACAUGAGUUCUGCAUGUCUCCUGAGGAUUUGGAAGAGCAGAUUAAGACAGACAUGGAACAAGAUGGAGAAACUCCAAUCAUACUUCAGCCGACAAAUGCAAAUGAGAAAACUCAACUAAUCGGAGAUGGCCAUCGCAGCUAUCACACAGACUCAUAA